UUGUUUACGGGUGCGCGUCGGGCUUAGUAUAUACUUUCGAGAACUCGUUUCAAGUGCGGGUAGUUCGUAAGUGUUUGCUCGUCGUUACCAGUUGUUACCGUGGCCGUCGGUGUCUGUCGUAUUCGAUGUCAUUGAACGCGGUCAAACGCGGCGCCGGUGAAAAUUCCGAAAGGGUGAAAGAGCGAGAGAGCAAUUAACGCCGCUGUGACACAUGAGGUAUAAACCGUGGUGAAAGGAGACCACUGGAUCUCCAAGUAUUCGUUCCAAUGGAUGAGAGCAAAGUUAAGUGAGAAUGUCUCAAACUGCUGACGUCGAAAGCGAGGCAGGGUCCAUCUGUGACGAGGAACGGGUCCGGAAGUUAUUUCAAGCAUGUGACGGAGACGGAGAUGGCUUCAUCGAUAGCCAGGACCUGCUGACGGUAUGCAGAGAGCUCAAUCUGGAGAAUUCGGUCGAGGAGCUCAUGAGAGAACUGGGAGCUGAUGAGCAUGGGCGCAUUUCCUACCAGGAAUUUCUCAGAAGGAGAUUAGCUCUCAGGCCCGAAAUCGAGGCGCUCCGAUCCGGUAAACGUAGGAACGGCUCGCACACCCAUACACCGGAAUACCUGCCCACCAGCAGCGACAACAGCCUCGGAACGGUGUCGGGUCGGCACGAAAGCUGGGAGUUCGACAGCGGAGCUCGCGACCUCUCCCCGGAACCGCAUGCCCUGCAGAAGCUGGUGGAGGCCGCAGCCGGCGGCACCGGAAGCAUGCUGGACCUGGCGAACAAGCUGCAUGCUGCGGCGCUCUCCUCGCUGCGCUCGGAAGUGGCGGAGCUGAACUCGCGGCUAGCAGCGGCGACAAGAGCCCGCGAGGCCGCUGAAGCCGCCCUGGCGCGGGCGGAGGGUCAGCUGGCGCGGGCGGAGCAGCGUGCUGAGCAGCGAGCGGAACAGAGGGCGAGAGUGCGGGCGGAGCAGCAGGCCGCCCGGCACGAGGAGCGGCUCACCGAGCUCCACUCCGUCAUCGCCGAGCUGGGUCGGCAGCUCGAGCGUCACCGCGCCACCGUCAUCGCCGAAGAGGACGAGUCCGAGGUCGAGACCAGCAGAGACGCGGAGAUCGCUGAGGAGCCGGAAGACUCGACGACUAACCCCGUCGAGAGCAGCGAUGCAGCUAGGGCGGAUGUUGACGCGGACGCCGAUGUGGAUGCGGAUGCGGACGGGAACGCCGAGCUCGACGUCGAUGCCGACGGGGACGCCGAUGUCAAUACCGACGCCGAUGGAGAGGCCGACGCCGACGCCGACGCCGACGAAACUCUCGAAGAUGUGGACAGUAGCCGCUGCGAAGAGCUGUCGCCGGCGCGUCCCCGAACCCCUAGACCGCCGACCGGAGCGGCCUCGCCCGAGCCGUUGCCGCCCGCUCUCGGCAAGGUUGUCCUCACGAGAGAGGAAACUCCCAUCCCCAAGAUGGCCGAGCGGGUGCGGCUGCGACGCACCGACGAGAGGCACAUCACGGGGCCGGACAUCGCCAGUCUCGGGGUCUGCUCGACCAUGGUGGCGGAACACCUGGUGUCCGACCUGCUAGACCAGUCGAGUCUCAGGGAGCUGAACGGCUCUGAGGAGCAAUUCGAGGUCGAGACAGAGCGACUCAACAGCCGGCUCGAGCACGCUCGGGCGAGCAACGCAGUCCUCGCCCUAACGCUGCACGAGAGCAAGGCCCAGUGCGACAGGCUGAGCCUUCUCCUGGGCAAGUACGAGUCCAACGCCACGGCACUGCGGCUGGCGCUGACCUACAGCGACCGGGCCACCGAGGCCUACGAGGCAUUGGUCGGCCUGUUGGACGACGGCGGCCCGGCCACCGUCAGGAUGGCCGAGAGGACGGCGAGCCGCGUGCUGGCCCGGCUCGACGGGGACGACGCGUCUGAGCUCGGGUUCUGGUCGGCCGAGAAGGAGCAGCGACUCCGUAGGCACGUCGAACGGCUCAAGGCCGAGCGCGCCCUCGUCGGGGCCACGGCGGUUGACCUGGAAAGCGUCCACGCGGAGCCCCUCAACUCGAAGAACGCCAUGUCCCUCGCCGAGGCGAGGAAGCUCGACCUGGAAACCGCCGUUUUGAUGCAGGAGUUGAUGGCGAUGCGGGAGGACAAGGCGGAGUUGCGGGCGCGUGUGUUCUUCUUGGAAAAGGAGAGGACGACCAUAGAGUUCAAGUUGAACGCCCGGGACACCCGGAUCGCGGCUCAGCACGCUGCCAUUCGGCACCUGCAAGGUCAGCUCAACGAUACCGAAGCCAUGCUGGCAAUGGCUACAAAUAAGGACCGCGGGACGAGCGACGACGAGAGCGAAGGCAUGGAGUCGGAGCUGAUCGAAGCGUUGGGCAGGGAGGCACGGUUGAAGGAACGACUGCAGGAAUUGGUGUCGACUCUGGAUAAGGUCACCAAAAACUCCGAGUCGCGACACCAACAAUCGGCCGAACUUGUCAACGAUUUGAAGAGAGCAAACGGGGCACUCGUGCAAACUUUAGAGAAAACCAAAAAAAAAUAUCAAUCCAGGUUAAAGAAAUUGGAACAACAAAUGCUAGGUACAGUGGAAAGACAUGCCUCGCAGGUCAGAUCCUUGAAGCAGCGGAUAGCUCUACUCGAAGAUGAGGCAGUUAACUAUCGAGGAAACUUACCUCUUCAAUCUCAGAGUUCUGGAGCUAGCGAAACCUCGUUAUGACCCUCGAGUAACUAACGAACAAUGUCUAUGACUAAAUCUACUCUGAUGAGUAUUUUUAAUAACUCUCUUACCAAUACGAAGUCACAGCGAAAAUUGAGUCUACCAUUGUAUUUUUUUACACUAAUAGUUACCCGAUCGUUAUAUGUAGGUACACGCUUUACAGUUUAAUCGUUUUGAUGCUCUGCCAUUGAUUAAAAGUUCAUACUAGACCACUGCUACAGUUACCAGUGAUAAUCUGCCGAAGGCAAAGCAUUUGAAUAAUUGUAGUAUCUCAUAAAUGAAAGCGUGGUUAAUAUUUACAGCAUGUCAGUUCUAGAAAGAUGCUUGUCUGUAUAUAUGUAAUAUUGUUAAACGUAGACAAACCGUGAUACAUGAAUUAUGAUUAAAGCGAAUUGUACUUUA